AAGUUGUGAUCCAAACAACUCCGCAAUUAAAAUUGCAAUCUCUCGCUUGAAGUAUGACAAUAUUGAAUCGUGGCCUGAAAUAUUGCACAGUUGGUCAGUGACACAUCCUUUACGCUUUGAAUAUUUAAAAAAAAAACCAGACCGAUAUCGCAACAGACAGCAACAUCUUCUGUCCGACAGUCACAAAAGUCCGAUACCUUUGUGAAUGAUUAUUUAAAGAAUUGGGGCGUGCUUGCACUGCCUAAUGGAUAUUUACUGAUUCAGCAAGAUUUUAAAGAAUUAUACCCUGGAAGAGAAGAUGGUUUAAUUUCAAAGUGGGAUUCGACCAAAGAAGUCCUGAUUGAUCUUCUUAAUGCUGAAAUUGCCAAAUCAGAUGAAUAUGGCAAGAAAUUAUUGACAGAUUUGACUGCUGCCAAUACAGUUUUUUAGACAAUGACGUUAUUUUAUUUCAUUUACUGCCAUCGUUGUGUUGUAAAAGAACAAGAGGUGCGAGUGUGUGCAUGCCAUCUCUCGCAGAAGCCAGAAGGCCAAAGGCCUUUAUCCUGCAUGUCCUUGUAAUUACCUUUCGUUAUAAAUAUUCCUAUUUUAAUGAGACAAUUAUGAAGUACGUGAGCUCACUGUUUUCUAAAAUAUUUUUACAGAUUCCGGGGGAUUUGAAUCGUCAAGUCAAAACAUAUAGCGAGUGGCUAGCAAGUCGUGGCCUGAGUUUACAGCCGACGUUGUUAUUUGUUGGACCUUCUUUAUCGAAUAUCACUGCCAGUUAUGUUCAAAUAGAUACUGUGCGGUAUGAGCUUCGUACUCCAUUAAAAGCUCUAGACACAUGCUUCAAAGCGUUUCAUGCACUGGAUGCUGCAUACCAAGAAGAGUGUCAAGCAGUCUGGCUUUUUAUCCAGAGAAAAAUGGAUGACCAGAAUACGAGCACGAAUGCACGCAAGAAGAAUACCAAAAAGAACAUACAGAAAAACAGCAAGAAGAUCAUAGAAGAACAGCAAAAACAACAGCAAGACGAACUGUCACUGCAGGAUCUACCGACUGAGAUUUUUCUGCAUGUAUGCUCUUUUGUGGAUGCGGAGACCUUGGCACACAGUUUAAGCCUUGUGUGCAAAAAGUUUUAUAAAAUUAUAAAAGAUAACUUAUUAUGGAAGUAUCAAAUUAUCCGUACGUGGCCGAAUGCUCGUUACAGUCCGUUCUUGUUUCCAACAAGACCCGACGAACAAUACAUGAAAUUAUCUUACCUCGCCAUUAAAAAACAAACAGCGCUAUGGAAACGAUGGGAAAAGGAGUCCAUGGACGAACUGUUUAUCAACGUAAAAAACACUAGUAACACACUGCUACAGAUGCACGAUGGGACCACUUGUAUAGUAGCCGGGAGUUAUUACAGUCUGCUUUCCUGGAAAAUUCCAUCGCACGAAGAGCUACUCUCUCACGACAUUGGGGAAUCCUUUUUUAGACUAGAAAUCAAAGCAAACCCCGUUCGCAUCGAUUUCGUGCAUAACACAGAAAUUUUGGAUCUGACGGCGAUAGACAACACAAUCUACAGUUGCAGCUGGAACCAGACCGUCAAGUCGUGUAUGCUCAUGGACACCGGCUUCGUCCAGCUAACAACGUAUUACACGAAUGAGCCGAAUUGCGCGAAAUGCAUAUCCUCGUGUCCAAAGCAAUCUCUCUUUGCGACAGGCUCGGAACGUGGGAGCGUAUUUUUGUUUGAUUCGAGAUUAGGACACAAGCCGAUUAGAAACUACCGGCCGAACAACGGACCCGUGAAAAAGCUUGCUAUGGACUCGGAAUACAUCUUGUCUCUCAACGAAACGGUGUGCGUUUGGGAUCAAAGGGCCGGGAGGACCAUGAAUACUAUUACAUUUCCAAAUGAAGCCACAUGCAUGAGCAUGCAAAAGGAGUGGGUUUGCGUUGGGGACACGAAAGGCAUGGUGCACGUGCUAAAUCCAAAGAACGGUUUUAAGUUGGCAAAAUCUAUUUCCGAUGGGUAUUCAGAUUAUAUAACAGGGGUGCAUCUGACGCGAGGAUGUUUGAUAACGAGCACCACGGGAUAUUGCAACGUUUCGAGCCUUACGGAUCCGUCAAAAUCAAUUGCUAUUUUGCUGUCUGAGUUCUACGAGUUUAAUGAGAUUAAAAGUAUGAAUUACCUAAACGGUACAUUCACGACGUCAAACGAUGAAACCAUCGUAGUGUGGCGCCCCACAGUGGGCCAGGAGACCUCCAAAAGUGGCCAAAAUUCAUAUUUUAAAAGAUUGAAAGAAUUAUACUAUUGUUUUGUACAUUAUUGAAAGUAGUAAGAAUAUAAUUUUUAUAAACAUAUAUAAAGUAU